AUGGCAGCGGAGAGGACCGCCGAAUGCCACCACUGCGGCGCGUAUCGGGACACAGUCCAGCAUACGCUCAAGGAAUGCGCAGCCUUCGAGGAACAGAGACACGUGCUCAGGACCAGCAUCGGAGAAGACCUGUCGCCGGCAGCUAUGGUCAAGUCGCUGCUGGCAGUCGACAGGAAGCGGAUGGCGGUGACCCACUACUGCGAGGAGGUGAUGACUGCCACGGAAAACGCAGAGAGGGCGCGGGAGCUAUGCAACCCGACGCGAAUGGGAAGACGGCGAGCGAGGGAACGAUCCGGUCGCUCAUCAGGGUUACGACGCGCCCCAGCUGAGAACGGCGACCUAACUAUAUCAAGGAGAGGGUAA